CAAACGAUUGAACAUUUGCCUCUAGCCAAGGAUGAAGCCCUUCGCACAUUCGAGGAAAUGAAAGAUAAUUGGUAUCAAAAUCACAAAGUUGGUCGUAGUAGAGGAUAUGAGAAAGAAGCAAUGGUUUGUGAAUGUCAUUAUAGACAUGGCGCUGAUGAUCCAAUGAUGGCUUGUGGAGAGGAUGCAGGAUGUAUAAAUCGUCUUACACAGGUUGAAUGUAGAGCAUCCGAUUGUAAUUGUGGCGAUUACUGUCAAAAUCGUCGAUUUCAAAAUCAUGAAUACGUCAACGUGGAAAUCGUACAAACCGAAAAGAAAGGUUUCGGUCUUCGAGCAGCUCAGGCAGUACCUACCGAUCGUCUGAUCUAUGAAUACAUUGGUGAAGUAGUGGAGCAAUCUGAAUUUAUGAGACGUAUGCAACAAUACAAGGAUGAAGGAAUACGGCAUUACUAUUUCAUGAUGCUGCAACGCGAAGAGUUCUUGGAUGCAACCAAAAAGGGUGGCAUUGCUCGCUUCAUCAAUCAUAGUUGUAAUCCAAACUGUUACGUGUCCAAAUGGCAUGUCGGCAAACAUAUGCGGAUGGGAAUCUUUAGCAAGCGUGAUAUCAUUCCAGGCGAAGAAUUGACUUUCAACUACAACGUGGACAGAUAUGGUAAUGAAGCACAAACCUGUUAUUGUGGAGAACCAAACUGUGUCGGAGCAAUUGGUGGAAAGACGCAAACAGACAUCGGAGGAAUGGAUGAGCUGUUCAUUGAUGCUUUGGGUAUUACGGAAGAAGUGGAUCGUUUAGAGGCUCGUGGAACUCGCAAAAAGAAGAGUCGACAUCUCGAUGAAGAUUUCAAUCCUACUCUUCGACCGAUGGAAGAAGAUGAAGUGGCAAAGAUGAUCACUGCUAUCCGACAAGCUGCUUCCAAUCGUACAAUCUUGCAAAAGCUUAUCACUCGUAUACACAUGACUAGCGAUACGGAUGUACAACGAAAUCUCGUUCAAUUGCACGGAUUCGUUCUGAUGGCUGGCAUCUUGGAUGAAUGGAAAGAUGACAAAGAGAUUGUGUUGCUUGUCAUGGGCAGUCUGGCAAGAUGGCCUUUGAUUGCUCGAAACAAGGUCGUCGAUUCUGGCGUUGACAAGCUGGUGAAAGAAUUCUCCGAGAUGGAAGACACAGAGUUGAGCAGCUUGGCAAAGGAUCUCCUCAGUGCCUGGGACGCUUUAGAGAUGAGCUACCGCAUCGCAAGAAAGGAGAAUGAUAAGAGUAGCGAGCGUCAUACCUUGUCAUUUGCCCAGAGAAAGGCUGAUGAUGUGGACGAUGUUGCUCCUCGGGUCACUUUAGCAGAAGCUCGAGCUCCAAAUACUAUCUCUCGUCGAUUGGAAAAUGUUGCGCCUAAGCCGCUCAUCCAUCCUGGAGCUGAAGAAGAAUCGCGAUAUUCCGGCUAUCGUGAUCAUCGACGUGGGAAUGAUAAUUGGCAGCGAGAUAGGAGAACGUACGAAUCUGAAGCAGCUCAGCGGAAAAAAGCAGAGGAGGCCGCAGCUGCUGCCACCGCUGAAGCGUCUAUGCGAAGAACCGAAUCGAUUGAAAAGAGACCGUCUCUUGCAGGUAUGAAGCGCCGUUCAACCACAAAAUUGUCAUCUGAUAAGCGAAGACGAACGAAUGAGCCAUCUGGCAACCAAGAAGGAGAUAAGGAAAGCGCACUGGGUGUGGCAGAAAAGAGACUGAAGAUGUUGUUGGGUGAAAUCGUUGUGCGAUGCAUGUCACAUCAUAAAGACGAUUUGGAUCGUGAUGCAUUCAAGAAGCACGCGAAAGACCUAACGACCAUCUUGUGCGAAAAAGAAAAGCGCAAUCCAAAAGUUUGGCCUCCAGCAAUGAACGAUAGAGGUGAAGUCAAAGCCAAGUACUUACCAGAUGGAUUCUCUUCGGAAAAGAAAGGAAAGAUUAAAUCAUUUGCAAAUGAUUAUAUACGAAAGUUGAUCGCUCAUAAAGCACGCAAGCAAUCUACAAAUGGC